UGUCCGGCUGGCUCCCGCCUGUGGCAGCGGCGGGAUGGCGGUGUCGGAGGUGUCCUGGCCCCGCAUCGUGCUGUUCGGGGACUCCAUCACCGAGUUUUCCUUUCAGGACAAUGGUUGGGGAGUGUUGCUUGCUCAGAAAUUGGUCAGAAAAUGUGAUGUUUUAAAUCGUGGACUGUCAGGCUACAAUACAAGAUGGGCAAACAUAGUUCUUCCCAGACUGAUCAGCAAAAGUUCUAAUGUUGAAAAUACUAUUACAGUUACUAUCUUCUUUGGCGCUAAUGACAGUGCUUUAAAAGAUGUGAAUUCCAACCAACACAUUCCACUGAAGGAAUAUGCUGAUAAUUUAAAAAGCAUGAUACAAUAUCUGAAGUCCAUAGACAUUACUGAAGACAAAAUUAUUUUGAUAACACCACCCCCUCUCUAUGAACCAGCUUGGGAAAAAGAGUGUAUUGCCAAAGGUGACAAAUUAAACCGCUUCAAUUCUACCACUGGAGAAUAUGCCAAGGCAUGUGUUCAAGUUGCUAGAGAUUGUGGGACUGAGGUUCUUGAUCUGUGGACACUUAUGCAGAAGAAUAAUCAGGUAUGACGUUCAGAAAAGAAGUCUGUGAAAAUGCUGAAGCUUCUUGUGUAAAGCAAUAGUUAGUACAGAGCUUGGGGAGGAACUGAAUGGUCAAUCUUGAAAAAUAAAACAAAAAAUCAUGUGUUA